AUGAAAGACAGCGAUGGAUAUUAUCAUUUUCAACCACGAAAUCCACAGCCACCGAAUCUACCUCUUCCACCUGAGCCAGAGCUGGUGUAUGGAACAUCUCCCCUGGGACAGUUUCCGUCUUUCAUCGAUACCGUUUCCCUAAGACAUCCCUCUGACCCUUUAUCAUGUUUUAACGUGAUCCAAAAUUCUAACGACUUCAUGAGCUACGAUCCGAAUAUUUUGCAACAUCCAAAGCUAGGUCAGAAUUCAUCAUUCCAGCUACAAGAUUCAUGGCAAUUUGGUUUGGGUGAGGGUUUCAUGGUGAACCCAAAUUGUCUCAAUUACGUCUCCCAACGUGAUGCGGGAAACUAUAAUUUAUGGCAUGGGGACAGCCCGGGUGAAUCGCUCCUUGCUGGUUCCUACGUCAGCCAGCAUCAUCCGCCAGUCAAUUCUUGGGAUUUCGCUCAAUUGACGCCUUAUCCGGAGCUGUCAGCACACGGACCAAAUGGCUCCAUUUCAUCUAUUCAAUUUGCUGAUGGCCAGCGGUCACUGUCGCGACCGCAGUUUCCAUUGUCCAACUGCCCAGAUCAGUGGACACACCGCAUGUUUUCAAACCGCCAGAGCACUCGUUUUGCAUUUUCACCAGAAACUUCAUUGAUGUCAAGUCCAUCAGUAGAGUCCAAUAAUUUGCAGCUCAGUCCUGAUUCAGCAACGCCUUCCGCAGCCAAUAUUCCUUCAGAUCGCGAAACUGGGAAUGGAAAGGCUAAUAAUACUUACUCCAGAUUGAUAUAUCGGGCUCUUCAGUCUGCCCCUGACAAUAAGAUGGCCCUGAGAGAGCUUUACCGAUGGUUCGAAAAAAAUACGAAUAAAGUUAAAAGUUCGGAUUUGAAAGGCUGGCAAAAUAGUGUACGGCAUAAUCUUUCAAUGAAUGCAGCAUUUGAAGGUAUGGAUAUCACCUCAUCUCCUAAUGGUGCGAAAAGAAAAAGGGCAAGUGCAUGGGUCCUUACAGAAGAGGCUCUCCGGGAUGGAGUGCAGUCGACUACGAGGUACCGAAAGCUAGGUAUUCACGAAUUGUCUCCAAAACCAGAACCUCCUGCUCCCCAGCACCAACGAUCCGGGGCGAGAGGCGGCGUGGCUGGUCUCCGGAAUGGAGUGCAAUCGACUACGAGGUGCCGAAAGCUAGUUAUUCACGAAAUGUCUCCAAGGUCAGAACCUCCUGCUCCCAAGCGCCAACGAUCCGGGGCGAGAGGCGGCAGGGCUGCCAAGGAAUCUGCCAAGAUGAGGCAAGUUAAACGGGAGCCUCUACAACAAGUGGCCAACAGGAUUGUGGAUGUCAAUAACUACCAACUCCAGGGUGGUGAUAUUACGUCGUUUAGUUUUGAAUAUUCACAGCCGAUGUUCUCCAACCAGACUACCGGUUUUACGCCCGAUAGCUUUGGUCUUGAACAUGUGAUUGGCAUCUAUGCAAACUCCGAUUUCCAUGACAAUCAUCUAUUUUCCGCAACCUUAUUUUCGCAAGGCAAUGACUUUAGCACUCAUUUUGACGAUAUCAGUGGAACUGUUGAAAGAACGAAUCAUGUCGUUCUAGGUUGUCAUUCGUGCCUCUUCCCUGCUGGAUCGAACUGA